CCAAAUUGUAACUUCCGUUCCUCAUCGCCUCGAGAAUGCCGCUUACAGAAGAAGCGAGUCUGUUCCAUUUUGAUGGAGAAACAUUCGACUUCAAUCUCCAGUUCGAGCAUCUUUUCUUCUCCAUUCUUCCCUCGGCCCUGUUCAUCCCGACUUCGCUAUGGCGCACUCUUUGCCAGGCACGCAAGCCUACUGUAGUGGACGCCCGGGGCUUUCAAUUGCUGAAGCUGGGUGCUAUUGUCAUCUAUGCCGGGCUCGAGCUGGCGCUUCUCGUCCUGGCCGCCACCAAGGCAAUCCCUACAACUAGCCUGUUCAUCGCCGCUUCUGUCCUUAAUUUGAUGUCUGCGUUUUGCAUGCUUUCCCUAAGCCUUCUGGACCAUAGUCGCAGCCCAAGGCCAUCCUUCCUUUUGAACGGCUACUUGCUGCUCACCCUCAUCUUCGAUAUAGCGCAGACAAGGACUUUGUUUUUAUCAUCUAAUGACAGGCCUGAGGUCAUGUAUAGCAGUAUAUUCUGUGCAGCCCUCGCACUUAAAGUGGGAGUCUUUCUAUUAGAGGCUCACCAGAAGACGAAAUGGGUUACUUGGGAUGCGAAGAAGCACAGUCCAGAGGAAACCAGUGGGGUUUUCUCCCUGGGUGUCUUCUUCUGGUUGAAUAAACUAUUUUUGAUGGGAUAUCAGACUGUUCUUAAAAGCGACAGCCUCUACCCCCUUGACAGCUCCUUCAAUUCCGAAGCUCUUCAUGAGCAGUUUGUGAAGAAUAUGGAUUACUCCAAGCUCAAAGGCGACAAAUUCGGCCUUGUCAAGGUGUUGAUACGCACUCUGAAGCUGCCACUUAUCAUUCCCAUCGUGCCUAGACUUGCACUGGUUGGGUUCACCUUCUGUCAGCCCCUUUUCAUCGAGAGGCUGUUGAAAGACCUCUCUCAGCCGGGAGCCGACCCAAAUAUUGGCUAUGGUCUUAUCGGCGCCAGCGUAUUCAUCUACUCUGGGAUGGCAAUUUCCUGGUCGCUGUGCUGGUACUAUCAAAACCGGUUACGUACUAUGGUACGGUCGAUACUUGUUGCAGAGACCUUUUCAGCCGCCGCAAGAGCUCGUAUCGGAUCAAAUGACGAUAGCGCCGCCCUGACACUGAUGAGCACCGACAUAGAGCGCAUCAAAAUGGGCAUCCGCGAUGUGCACGAGAUAUGGGCGAGUAUGAUCCAAGUGGGUCUGGCAGCUUGGAUGUUGUUCCAGCGGCUUGAUGUCGCCUUCGUCGCACCCAUAGUCGUAGUUAUAGCCUGUUCCACCGGGUUAGGCAUCCUAGUCAACUUCGCUGGUGAUUCGCAGCGAGCUUGGAUGUCUGGCGUGCAGAAACGGGUUGGCCUCACAGCUACCGUCGUCGGCAGUAUGAAAUCGGUGAAGAUCUCUGGUCUCUCUAUAGCUGUGAGCGAUUAUAUCCAACAGCUCCGCAUCAACGAGCUCGCAGCUGGUGCCCGUUUCCGCAAGAUAUCUGUCGUAGCAGCCAUUUUUGCUUGGUUGCCUCAGAUUAUCAGCCCCCCGUUGACUUUUGCUGUCACCCGUCAGACGCUAGAUGCGUCGACCAUGUUCACCAGUCUAUCAUUCUUGUCACUGUUGUCGAGCCCCUUAUCUCGGGUUUUCCAGUCCAUUCCUGAUCUUAUUUCUGCCCUGGCCUGUUUAGGCCGAAUCCAGAUCUUCUUGGAAGGCGAUAGCUAUCAUGAUUUCCGCCAGAUUCAGGCCGAGCAAGCGAGGAGUAAAGAAGGACAGGAUCAGGAUCCUGAGAAUGCUCAUCGCCUCUCGGACUCCAUUGUCAUCAGAAGCGCAACCUUUGGCUGGAAACAAGACAAGGCUGUUCUACAGAAUAUCAGCACCCAGAUUCCUCGCGCGUCGCUUACAAUAGUCAUCGGACCGGUGGGCUCGGGCAAAUCAACACUGUGCAAGGCCCUUUUAGGUGAAAUCCCAUUCAGCGAUGGAAGUGUAACCAUCAAUACGCAGGUCAAACAUGUCGGCUUCUGCGAGCAGACCCCCUUUCUCUGGAAUGGGACCAUCAAGAAUAAUAUCGUUGGGUAUUCUCAAUUCGACACCCAGCGAUAUAAUGAAGUCAUCAAUGCCACUGCACUGAGUGUUGACUUGGCGACGCUGCCGCAAGGCGAUGAAACAAAUAUCGGGUCUGAUGGGGUCGCUCUCUCAGGGGGGCAGAAGCAGCGCGUGUCUCUCGCGCGAGCACUCUAUUUGUAUUCCAACUUUUUGGUGUUAGAUGACGUCUUUAGCGGCCUGGAUGCCGAUACUGAGGAGCAAGUCUUUCAAAACGUCUUCGGAAAUGAUGGCCUACUGCGACGUCGCGAAUCCACGGUGGUGAUAUGCACACAUAGUGUCAAGCACCUACCGGCGGCAGAUCAUAUCAUCGCCCUCGAGAACGGCGGUAUUGCGGAACAAGGUUCCUUUAGCAGCUUGUCUACCCGCCCUGGGUAUGUCAGGCGAUUGGGACUCAAGGCUGGUUUGGAGUCUGCCCCUAAGCGGAAACCUGGAAAUACGAUGGCGAAGGGCGACACACUAUUACCUGAUACACCGGGUCCCGAGGUAGACGCCGCGCGUCAAGUCGGUGAUAGUUCAGUUUACAAACAUUAUAUCAACAGCAUGGGAUGGUUCGUGGCAGGAUGUGGGUUGUUCUUCGCGGUGUUAUGGGGCUUCUUUACGAAUUUCCCUACAAUAUGGCUCACAUACUGGAGCAGCGGAGCUAUUGCUGGAUAUCAGUCGCGCUCACACGCUUACUAUGCGGGGCUUUAUGCGCUGCUCCAGAUCAGCGCUAUUAUUGCUCUGUUACUCCUUGGAAUAACGCUAUUCAUUGUGUCAGUCAAGAAGGCAGGCGCAAGUCUGCAUAGGCAGGUCCUGCGAACCUUGAUAAGAGCACCACUGUCGUUCCUCACUAAGACAGAUACGGGUGUUGUGACAAAUCUGUUUUCUCAGGAUCUGAAUUUAAUUGACACUGAACUACCGGACGCGACAUUGAACACUUUAUUCUGCACAUUUCAAUGCCUCGGACAAGCAGCUGUUAUGCUGACAUCGUCGUUGUAUCUGGCCAUCAGCUAUCCUAUUCUCGGUGCACUGCUCUACGGCGUGCAAAAGUUCUACCUGCGAACCUCGCGCCAGUUGAGACUGCUCGAUUUAGAGGCAAAGAGUCCAUUGUACACGCAUUUCCUGGACACGAUCAAAGGCAUCGCCACACUGAGAUCAUUCGGUUUCCUCGCUGACGACAUCCACAAGAACGCGCAAUUAAUCGAUUCGAGUCAACGUCCGGCAUAUCUCCUCCUCAUGGUCCAGGAGUGGCUGAAUCUAGUGCUUAAUCUCGUAGUCAUGGUAAUAGCAGCAGUGUUGACCACUCUAGCUGUGUGCAUGCGCUCCAACUCUGCGUUUGCCGGUGCAUCCCUAUUCUCCUUGAUGAAUUUUGGUGCCAAUCUAUCCGGAAUUGUCAUAUACUACACGAAGCUGGAGACUUCUAUAGGUGCAAUAGCGCGGCUGAAAACGUUUAAUGAAACCGUGGCUCCGGAGGACCUGGAAGCAGAGGAUAUUAUUCCGGAUGAAACCUGGCCGAGGCGUGGAAUGGUCGAGUUGAAGGGCGUAUCUGCACGAUAUGGAGCAAAAGAUGACAACAAGAAAACCAACUGCGAAACCCCGCUAGCCCUCAGCAACAUCACUCUCACCAUCCAACCGGGCGAAAAGGUCGCCAUAUGCGGCCGCACAGGCAGCGGAAAAUCAAGCCUCCUCGCCCUGCUGCUCAAGAUCCUCGAUCCCCUUCCGUCAACAGGAGACCAGCAAAUUUCUAUCGACAGCACGCCGUUAGAUAGAAUCGACCGCGCCACCCUUCGCCAACGUCUCAUCGCCCUCCCACAAGACCCUGUAUUCCUGCCUGACGGGUCUACAUUCCGUGCCAACCUAGACCCCUCUCACGUUGCCACUGCCUCAGAGUGUCAAACCGUGUUGGAAUCGAUCGGAUUAUGGGCCUUCGUCCAAGAGCGAGACGGUCUCGACGCCCCUAUCAACACGGGGACAUUGAGCGCUGGACAGAAGCAGCUCUUUUCACUAGGUAGGGCUCUGUUGAGGAGGAUAAUUCGGGGUAGGUCUUCAUCUCACCGAGAAAGUGGAAAUGGAAAUAGAGGGAUUCUGCUCCUGGACGAGGUGAGCUCGAGUGUAGACCGCGAGACCGAAAGAGUGAUGCAGAGGACUAUCCGAACAGAGUUUAAAGACUACACCGUGAUUGCGGUGAGUCAUCGGCUGGAUAUGAUUAUGGAUUUCGAUAGAGUGGUCAUUAUGGAUCAGGGAUGUGCUGUGGAGGUUGGCAAUCCAGAGACUCUGAAGGGCGUGCCUGGGUCGAGGUUUGGGGAGUUGGUUGAGGCUGCGACCUAGCUGAUACUAGAUUAGUGUACAUGUCUAUCUAUUUGAUAUUUCAACCUGAAUUUCAG